AUGUCGGCUCGGUCAUGUGAUCAGCGGUGUUCAAUCACAGCUGAUCACCUGUAAAGAGAGGAGAGCCGGUAAUCGGUAUUCCUCGGAGGGGACAUCUACACUGAUCAUCAGGGCACUGAUGAUCAGUGUGCCCUGAUGAUCAGUGUAGCCCCAGCAGUGCCCAUCAAUGCCAGCUGUCAUUGCCCAUCAAUGCCACCUGCCAGUGCCUCAUCAAUGCCACAUAUCAGUGCCUACCAGUGCACAUUAAUGCCACAUCAGUGCCCAUCUGAGCUGCCUUUCAGUGUCACCCAUCAGUGCCACCUAUCAGUGCCAGUCAGUGCCGCCUAUCAGUGCCAUAUAUGAGUGAUGACUUUCAGUGCCCAGUGAUGCCUGUCAAUGCCCAUCAGUG